UGCCCCACCCGUGGGCCCCUGUUCCCUAGCCCAGCCCAGCCCAGCCCAGCCACACUGGGAGCUUCUUCCUGAGCUGCCCUGACACCAUCCUACCCUUAGCAACAUUCUCCAAGCAGCACUACCCUCCCUUAGCAACGGUCUCCAGGCUUCACAAACUGUGGCCAGGCCAGCCCCAAACUCAUGCUCCCCUCAUGUUUUUGUUUAACAGCAAAUAGUAACAAGGUCUUGGCUGGGCUAGCUGCACCCUUGCCUAGGGCAUGCACCCCUGCCCAUGAUCUGGCUCCCUUCUCAGCCUGGACUGGGUCUUUCUGGGUCCUCAUGACCCUGACAGAGACCCUGUCCUCACUAAAUACCUGCCCAACCAGCAGCCUGGCCUGGCCCUGACCUAGCUUGGCAUGGAACUCCCAGGGAGGGGGGGCCUGCUCUGCCACCCUCACUUCUACCCAAGCAGGCCUUGUGCCAGGGUCAGACAAAGCCAUGGCCCCAGCUGCUGCCCUCACAGUCUUUCGGGACAGUGCCACUCUGUUCCCAGCCUGGUGUGGGCAUCAUGAUUUCAUCUUCUGAAUGCCAUUCUAAACCAGGACUGGCAUUAAGUGACAGGACCUUUCCUCUCAGGGCUUCUCCUUGGGGCUCUGAGGCCCAGGGACACACUGAGUGCUGGCCCCUCUCCCCAGGCAACUCUAUCUCCAACUCUGAGGGGUAGCAUGGCAGCAAGUACAGAUGUUGCUGGGCUGGAGGAAAGCUUCCGCAAGUUUGCCAUCCAUGGUGACCCCAAGGCCAGUGGGCAAGAGAUGAAUGGCAAGAACUGGGCCAAGCUGUGCAAGGACUGCAAGGUGGCUGACGGAAAGGCCGUGACAGGGACUGAUGUCGACAUCGUCUUCUCCAAAGUCAAGGGGAAGUCUGCUCGGGUUAUCAACUAUGAGGAGUUCAAGAAGGCUCUAGAAGAGCUGGCAACAAAGCGAUUCAAGGGGAAGAGUAAGGAGGAAGCCUUUGAUGCCAUCUGCCAGCUGGUGGCAGGCAAGGAACCAGCAAAUGUGGGCGUCACCAAAGCAAAGACAGGAGGUGCUGUGGAGCGGCUGACUGACACCAGCAAGUACACAGGCUCCCACAAGGAACGCUUCGACGAGAGCGGCAAGGGCAAGGGCAUUGCUGGGCGUCAGGACAUCCUGGAUGACAGUGGCUAUGUGAGUGCCUACAAGAACGCAGGCACCUAUGAUGCGAAGGUGAAGAAGUGAGGCCUGGGAAGGCUGCCAGCAUGGCUGCCCCCAGCAGAGCCUCAGGCCUGGGCCUAAAGGACACGUGGAGCAAGAGAGCCCUGUCCCCUCCCUGCUGGAUCUGCCACCCAGCGAGUGCUUCCUGCCCAGCCCCAAGGGCUAGCCCACCAGGCCUCUGACCCAGACUGCUCUGCAUCCCCUUCCUCUUUCCCUUUCCUCCCUGACUUCCAGCUGUCUGGGGAGGGUCUGUGCCUGUAGCCUCACUGCCCCAAUCUAGCCCUGGGCUUGGCUAACCCCUGCGUGCUUGCCUCAUAUUUAAGCUGCUGCUCUGGCCAAGUGCCUAAUUCUUACCCAAAACUCAAUAAAGAUACCUUUUGUACCAAUA